AUGCGCGCCGAAAUCGCUUGUCGCGUGUGCGGAGAUCGAGCCUCUGGUAGACACUACGGUGUAACAUCUUGUGACGGAUGUCGCGGAUUCUUCAAGAGAAGUAUUCGCCGAAAUUUGAUCUACGCGUGUAAAGAGAACGGAAAUUGUGUGAUUGAUGUUGUUCGACGCAAUCAAUGUCAAGCUUGUCGCUUCAAAAAAUGUCUCGCUGUCUCGAUGAACAGACAUGCUGUUCAACACGAAAGAACAAGCAGUUGCGAAGAUAGUCUUGAAAUAAAGUCGGCAAAAGAAGGUUCUCCGAAAGAAUGCCGCCCACGAAAUGUGCGAAAGGUGUCCACAGACUUCUCUGUGAACCGAUUGGUCUCGAAUCCCGAUCCGUGUUUGACCACUCUCCUCUCGUCAGUUCUUCGAUGGUGGUCUUCUUUAUCGCCAUCCAAUUCUUUUCCGGUGUCUGACCGAAGGAUUUUAUUCUCAAAUUGCUGGCACUCAUUAUUUCUGUUCCAUUUAAUUUCGCAGUCGUCUAUCAACACAGUUAAUGACUGCGCCAACGAGAAGCUUCGGACUAUUUCGAAAUCCAUCAAGUCUUUGAAUUUGAGCAUAGUUGAGCAGUGGGCGAUUUCUAUGAUUCUGAUCUAUCGGCCAGAAGAUGGUCGAUUGGAGAGUAAGCAGGAGACUCGCGACACACAAAUCGGCGGAAUGCAGGUGUUGGCAGAAUGUCAAACAUUGCGAAGCCAUUGUGAAGGAGGUCAGAAGGGUGCCCAGCUUCUCCUAAUCCCUUCAAGUAUCGCACAAGUCACCGAAGACGAAAUUCGUUGCACAUUCUUCGCCGAAGUUCCUUCAAGCAGCAUCGAGGCAAUUUGUCGAAUAUCCGUUCAUUAA